CCAAGUGCUGUUACUUCUGUUUUGUGUAUGUAGCUAAAGAAACCAGAUCCAGUUGCUGUUACUUCUGUUUUGUGUAUGUAGCUAAGGAAACUAGCACAGGUACAAAAUAGAGUUUUUUCCAACCCGAUAUAUAGAGAGUUGAGACUGGAUUUCAGCAUAGGUCUUUGUGGUCCAGUUUCAGAGGCAAGCAUACCAGUGCUAACAUGGAUCUCCAGGACUGUAAGGAAUCCUGAUGAAUCUUUUCCACUUUACCACAAGAAGGCUGGUUUCUCAAGUAUAUUGUGGACUGAAACCUGCUUCUUCCAAGAAACAAAGGACGUGCUUUGAAAUGGCCCGACCAAGUUCAAGUAUGGCUGAUUUUCGAGAAGUAUUUGCUAAAGCAAAGCAUAUAGCUAUUAUUACAGGGGCUGGUGUCAGUGCUGAGAGUGGUGUUCCGACCUUCCGAGGUGCAGGGGGCUACUGGAGGAAAUGGCAAGCUCAGGAACUGGCUACUCCAGAGGCUUUUGCAAGGAAUCCCUCGAGGGUGUGGGAAUUCUACCAUUACCGUAGAGAGCUUAUGAUGAGUAAACAUCCAAACCCCGCACACACUGCCAUAGCAGAGUGUGAGGCCAGGCUAAGCAAGCAAGGAAGGAGUGUUGUGGUUAUCACACAGAACAUUGAUGAGCUCCACAGAAAAGCAGGAACAAGGCACCUCUUAGAAAUCCAUGGUAGCUUAUUCAAAACCCGAUGCACCAGUUGUGGAACUGUGACAGCUAAUCACAAGAGUCCAAUCUGUCCUGCUUUGGAUGGGAAAGGUGCUCCAGAUCCAGAUGCUGAGGACAGCCAGAUUCCUGUAGAAGAUCUUCCUCGAUGUGAAGAAUGCAAUGGCCUCUUGCGCCCUCACGUUGUAUGGUUCGGAGAAACUUUGGAUUCUGAUAUUCUUACAGAGGUUGAAAAAGAACUUGAGAUUUGUGAUCUUUGUUUGGUGGUUGGAACGUCCUCUAUAGUAUAUCCUGCUGCUAUGUUUGCUCCCCAGGUAUCUGCCAGAGGAGUGGCAGUUGCAGAAUUCAACAUGCAAAGCACCCCGGCCACAGAUAGGUUCAGGUUUCAUUUCUCAGGUCCCUGUGGAACCACGCUGCCCCCAGCACUUGCACGCCAUGAAACUGAGAUAAUCUCAUGAACAUUUAUCAGCAACACAGAGGAAAAAACCCAGCUGCUCAUUCAUCAGGGUGCAAGCAUAAGAGAAACGUGGGACUUGUAGAAAACAUCAUGCCUGCAAGUGAGCAAUAGGAUUUAAGGGUGACACUGAAGAAAAUAGAUCAUGAUUUUCCAGUUGGUUACAAAAAUGAGCAAAGCAAAAGAGUUGUCAUGGUCAAGGACAUUGGAUAAGCGGUUACAUUUUUGUUAGACAAAAACGAUUUAUGUGAAAUGAGAGCAUAAAAAUGCCAACAGUUCAAAAGAAGACAUUUGUGCCCUGAAAUAUUAGACUACAUAUUUGGCAAAUCAUAAUGGGGAGGGACUUCAUCAUGACCUUACACUUCUUUGUGACUACACAAAAUAAUUUUAUAAACCAACUGUAAAAUUCUGAGAAAGGUAAGAGUAACCAGAUGGGGCAAAUGACAGCUUUUCAUAUAGUCUACACUCCAGUUUUUGUAGGAAAAUGGUAAACAAGGUGGUCUUUUUCAUGAAGCAGUGCAAUCCUCUUAAAAGGUUUACUUCCAUCCAGGAUGGUGCACAUUUCUUUGUGGUGAUCAGUGUGAGAAAAUAAUUAAAGGAACAUAGGUAGCAGCAUCCAUGUACAAAGUAUACAUGCUUAAUUUCUUCUCGCUCUUGGACUUGUAUGAAUGUAUCUGUGGGUUUGUUUUAUUAGUCUUUUACUUGUUUUGUCACUAAGAUAAGAUAAACCAAUGCUUUGUCUGUUUUGUUCCAAAGCAGUUUUCCUAUCAAAACAUCAAUAUAUAUUAGCAGAUCUCAUUAUAUAAUUAGUGCUGCAUUAGAUACCACACUAACCAUGUUUGCACUUCCUCUCAACUAUGAUAAAACAUCAGUAACUGGGAAAUGGAAUAGAACGCAAUGCUGAGUACUGUGAAACAGAACUUUCAACUUUUUGAUUAUAAUAUGGGUCUGCAGUUUUCUUUUUUAAAUUUAAUAUUAAUAUAUAAUAUAUAGAAGAAUUUUGGAGUAAUCAGUGUGCUUCACAUAUAUUAUCAUUAUCCAUCAAUUGUAAGAGGCUUUGUCAUGAGCAAAGUUUCUGGAGCUGCAAGGAAUAUAAGCUCUCUCAAAAUUUGAAGUCAGUUUAAGCUAACAUCCCCCAACCCCCAUAAACAAACGGCCUAGAAGGGGAAGCCAGCAGGGCUUAUGCUGGCACCAUCUGGCAGAAUGAGAAAGGAGUAUAGCCUUGCACAUGGUGCAUUCAUGCCAGUUUGGUGCUCAAAGAUGUGCACCACCCUCAAUCUUAGAACAAUCAUGUUGAAGAAAUGUUAGAUGGCAACUUCUUGCAGCAAAAGCUAUAGAAGGGCACUGGACUGGUGCCUUUUAAAAACGUAACAAUUUGGGCAGCAUUCUACAUGGUUAUAUGGGAGCAAACACAAUGGAAUUUACAUUUGGGUAAACAUGGAUAGGCUUGUGUUGUUUUAGUAUACGCUUUUGCCACGUUUCUUUUGGCUAGUGCCUAAGUGCAGUUGCAUUCUGGAUAUUGGAAUCUUGGGCAGUGGGUCAGAAAUGGAGCGGUUUCUGCUGCGCAGACGCCUUAUGCCCUAACAAUGCGAGGGGAAAUUAUGUAUGUGAUUUGUACUGUUCUUUCACAAAAGAAAAUAAACUACGUAUUAAUCUGAAAA